AUGGAAGAGCCGAACAAAAAUGAGAUGACCCAAGAAAUGGGAAUCGUGAAAGAAUCGAAAUCAAAUGUGGUCCUUUUGGAGCCGACGUACGAAAUUCGAGAAACGCACGCGAAUAAUGCCGAACAAUUGCCGGAGAAUGUUCUAAUCGGCGAGGAUGACGACGAACAACUUCCAUCAUCAUCUCAAGAUGUUCAAUGCGAUGUGAUGGACCCAUUCUUCUACACUUCCGUCAAUAUCGACGAGGUCAAUCGCGAUCACACAUUGUGCCAUCAUUGCGGCGAGGAUUUGACGAAUCGUCGCUUCUACAAUCAUUUAUUCGAUCAUCACGGAUACACAAAACAGCAGCUUGAUUUGAUGAAGACACAAAAAAGGAUUGAAAAUGCGAAAAAGAAGAAAAAAGAGCUCAGCUUAUUUAUUUGCGAUUGUGGAACGCAAUUUGUCUCAAAAAAUGGAUUAGUGAAGCAUAAACUGCGUUGCCACGAAAUCGACGCCGAUGAGAAAAUGAUAACUGCAAGUGUUGACAAUAUAGUUUGUCCGAGUUAUGCAUGCGAGAAAAACUUCACCACAUAUCUCGACCUCGCGAUUCAUGUCGAUUCGGCGCAUCGCAAUUUGGUCACAAUUUCCGAUGCAUUUCGUAUUCGACGAGUAUUUUUUCAGGAUAAAACGAGUUUUUCAAAGUGGAAGCGUGAUAUGGAAAAAAUCACACGUUCGGAUUUUUUUCUCAGGACCACUCAAAAAGUCACAUAUGCUCAAAAAACGGCGCUUUUCAAAUGCCAAUAUUCAAAUUCACGAGGACAGCCAAAAGGAAGACGGUGUGAGCAAUGCCCAGCAUUUAUUAGGACUUGCGAGCGUCAUAGUGGACGAAUUGAAGUUGUCGCCUGCUUCGGACAUCUUGGCCAUGAGCAUGAGACAGAAACCGCCGAAGCGAAAGAGCUCCGAGAGAUCAAAUGGCAAGAAAUCGAGCAAAAGGCGAGAGAGGAGAACAUUCUUGAGGAAUCCGAGCAAAACGUUGUUGCCACUGACGAUGUUCUAGUUGUUGUCGAUGAAGUGCCGAACGCGCCGAUGCCAUCAUUGAAGCGCCCAUGCGUCGAUGAGCACCAGCAGAUCGCUGAUAUGAAAUCGGCUAGACAUUAUUAG